GUCCGGUGAAUACAUUUUCUCGGCUUUCCCGUGUCACGGUGUCGCGAGCGCGUCUGUCGUCGACGCUCGCGGUGUCCGUCGUUUUUUAUCUAAUCGCUCGAGGAAAAUUCGAUUCCGCGAGGGUGUUAGUACCGGUCGCGAGUGAUCGGUCGAAGUGUGCGUGGCGUGCACGAGAUCGAAAGGGUCGUCCAGGUCUUUCGUGGAGCGAAGAAGACGAGCGACGAAGGCAGUCAACGGUGAGAGACGAGUACGAGAAGAGAGAGAGAGAGAAAAACGGCGUGGAGCGAGAGGCCACAAGCGAGGAGAGACGACCAGAGUGAAAGAGAACAGAACGAAAGAGAGAAGAGGCUAGAAGUGUGUCGGGCCACUAUACACCGAGAAAGGAGCAGGGAAAUCUUGCUUUUCCUCUUCGUACUGUUGGAUCGAAGGGCAGAGGGGUGGGCUACUCGUGGGUGGGGUGCCGAAAAGUGAAGAGACAGUUCGAAAAGGAAGAAGUAGAAUCCGCGAAGGGUGUACGACGGAUCGUGUGGAUUUCUUGUGCGAGGGAAGAGUAUCGUGCCCAUAAAACGAGAGUGCGAGAAAGAGAUAGUGCUGUGCCGUGUAAACAUACAUCCCAUUGCCGUAAGUGCGUGCGCGAGUGGCAAUCAGCGACGACUUAACAUCGUCGUCGACGUCGUCGUUGACCGUCGUCGAGAUUGUGCGAGGUAUCUCUUUGUGACAACUAACGCGUCGAAGUCCAAGAAAACGUAAAAACGUAAAAAAAAGAAAAGGAACACGGAAACAGGUCCGAGAUUGCGUAUUAAAUCGUCCGUAUAUAUGACACGCUUAUGAGGCUUGAUCACAAAUGACAGUCCAUCGGACGAGAGGGCAAGUCGAGUGCUGGCUGGAUUCGUCUGUCUAGCGGGCAAAACGCGACACGAGAUGCAUCGUAGGGUGGGGUACAGCAACUACGAUGGCAAGAUCGCCGGCCUCUACGACCUGGAGGAAACCCUCGGCCGCGGUCAUUUCGCCGUAGUGAAGCUCGCGCGACACGUUUUCACCGGCGAGAAGGUUGCUGUGAAGGUCAUCGACAAGAGCAAACUCGACGAGGUCUCGAGAGCGCACCUCUUUCAGGAGGUGAGAUGCAUGAAGCUGGUGCAACAUCCGAACGUGGUCAGGCUUUACGAGGUGAUCGACACGCAGACGAAGCUUUACCUGAUCCUGGAGCUCGGUGAUGGCGGUGACCUCUACGAUUACAUCAUGAGGCACGAUAGCGGCCUCAGUGAAGAGGUGGCCAGAACGUACUUUCGGCAAAUAGUCAGAGCCAUAUCGUAUUGCCAUCGAUUGCACGUGGUGCACAGGGACCUGAAACCAGAGAAUGUGGUGUUCUUCGAGAAACUCGGCACCGUGAAGCUCACCGACUUUGGAUUUAGCAAUAGGUUCUGUCCGGGUCAGAAGCUCGAGACUUCCUGCGGCUCUCUGGCGUACUCUGCGCCGGAAAUCCUGCUCGGCGAUAGUUACGAUGCUCCUGCUGUCGAUGUUUGGUCGCUAGGAGUAAUUUUGUACAUGCUAGUAUGCGGUCAAGCGCCUUUCCAAGAGGCGAACGACAGCGAAACCCUCACCAUGAUAAUGGACUGCAAGUAUUCGAUACCGCCGCAUGUUUCGGACGGCUGUACACGAUUAAUUGCCAAAAUGCUUGUCAAAGAACCCGAGGGUAGAGCGACGCUCGAGGAGAUAGCCGCUGAUCCUUGGCUGGCGAUCGGGUCAGAUUCGGAUUCCAUGGAAACGUUGCCCCUCGUCUCGAGGCAACAGGUCUCCGAUGAUCAUCAUAAUCAUAUCAUAACCAAAAUGGUUAACGGUAACAUUGCCACCAAAGAAGAAAUAUUGGACGCCCUCGACAAGAAUGAAUACAAUCACAUAACGGCGACGUAUUUCUUGCUAGCCGAAAGGAAACUGCGGGCUCAUCGUCAAGAGCAGGUGCAGAAAACUCGUCCGGAGAUCCUUGAAGUCUCGCCUAGCCGACAGGAUGACGCGGCAACGAACUUGCGUACCGACCAAAAUUCAUUGAGCACGGUGAACCAAUCGUUGUUGAGCGUGCCACGAACGCCCGGUGACGUUUCUCAAAACAUUCGAACGCGGAAGUGCAGCAUCGUCCAAGAGGAGGAGGACGAGGACGACGUGUCCUCGUGUUCGGGUCGGGACGAACGAGGCAGCAACUCCGCGUUAAACUCGUUCAAUCGGCGCGGUUCCAGGUCGGAGGGCAAGCUAUCGCAUAUCCUGCAGGAGAGGCUGUCCCAGCUGCCGGAGAAACCGAGCCACAAGCCACUGUCGUCUCAGCGGAACUCCCAGAAGGACAUCAACGUCGCUCCUGUAACAGAUGGGAAAGAGAGACUGAAGUCUAGUCCAAAGAGUGGGAACAGCAAUGAUUCCUCGUCGCCUGUCCACGCGAAAACGUCGGGCAGAUCUCAAACGAGCAAUCAGCUCGUGGACCAAGUACCUGCAGCAACGAAGUUCGAUCCUACGAGCCAGGAGAACCUAAAGAAUCGACUGGACGAUGGGUCGCCUAGCUGGGCUAGGAAGGGGACUAGUACAGAGAACAGGCCAAAGCCGGUGUCCGAGUGUUUGAAGUCGGUGGGACCAGUACCAGCGAAUAAGUGGAGGAUGGGGGCGCAGCAUCGAUCGUCUCUAGACUCUUCUUCGACGACAGGUUCGCCAAAAUCCGCAGAAGCUAGCACGACGACCACCACAACCACUAUCCUGACGGAAUCGUCCACAGUGUCGAUACCGCUCCGACCUUUAGGCGCGUUCGGCGACAACGUGGGUUCGUUGACGCCGAAAUACAAGACCAUGCCGUCGCCAGGUAGCACAAGCGCGACGUCGACACCGUUGAACGAGAUCCUGGAGGACGGAGACGCGUUACCAGUGGCCAACAGCGAUAGUAGCGGUGGGUCCAAGUGUCGCGUAGUCAGGAGGACGGGAUACGAGCAGAGGAGAAGUAAGUUCCACAAGACGCGCACAACCUCUUGUUCGAGCUCGGACGCCAGCGACGACGACAGCGAGAGCAGGAAGAAGAGGGCGCACAAGUUCGGCGCGUCGACGGGUAAACCUAUGCCUUCCAGACGCGACAGUCACGACGAUUCCAGUGAUUCUCAGGAUCCUGGUGGAAGCGGCGGCGGCGGUGAAGGGGGUGGUGGCGGAGGGGUGGGUAACGGGGAACACACGACGGAGACACCGUCGAGCGAGACGAAUCGCAAAGACAGUGGUAACAGAAGCAAUACGACGACCACGACCACUACAACGACCAGCGGAAGGCACAGAUGCGCGGAGAACCAAGUUAUAUUCGGCAGAAGGCAUCGCGCGGGCAGGAGAAGAGCCGGAGAAACGCGACUGCGAGAGAGUCAGUCGUUGAACCGUAUCACGGAGGUCCAAGAGGCGGAGGGUCCGUCGUCGUGUCACAAUCACUGUCACGUAUCCCGUAACUCGGCUGUCCUAGGGGUUCAAAGCAUGUCUUCGUCGUCCUCGUCGGUGUCGCAAAGCAGCACGGGCUCUCACGGCAUAGCUCAGCCCAUGUCUCAGGCAGCUGCCACGGUGCAGAAGGCGAAAGGCUUUGGGGCUAGGCUUCUCCAAAGCUGGUCGCUCAGCACUGGGAAAUCCUCGUUAUCGCAGCCGUCGAAUAAACAGAAUAAUUGUAGUCCGAAUGGAAGGUGCGCCAAGCAGGAGGUACAAAGAGACAGGUGUCAGAGGAUCGAGAUCUGUUGCGACGAUAAGGAGAUAAACGGCAGCUCGAUCAACCAGAUACCGUCCAAUGAUAAAGAGAACCGGAACGGAUCGGUGAACAGGAACGAUUGCAAGAGCAGAAAAAUACGUCUGCUCAGUCGCUACUUCGCCGUGCACAAGAAACUCUGCGUCCCUUUGCCGGGCCUAUUCGGCAAGGGACGUCUGUACAAGGCUAGAUCGUGCGGGAGCAUCGCACGCGAUCGCGUCAGUCCACCGUCGCCCAAGUCCGUGCUGUUCUGCGCCACGGCGGACGACAAGUGGCGGGAACGUCGUCAGUGGUGCGACGCGAAGCACCAGCAUCGCGGCAGCGACGGGGACAUCAAUCAGAAUCUCGGUCUGUCGCAUUUGGUCCAGGAGACCGUGGUCGGGAAAGGUUGCGGCGCUCUGCCCACGGUCUGUCACAUUCACCUCGGCGACGCGUCCAAGUGCUGCAGCCUCUGUUGAUGAAAGCGCAUAGAGAGUAAGUCGAUGCACAAACGAUGGAAGACACGGUACGAUUGUGGACGAGCCGUUGUUACAGGAUGGAUAACGAUUGCCGCCGUUUCCAGCGACGAACGCGCGGCUAUCACGAAGUGCAAUCUAUUUUAUAGUAGCGACGACCGAUUCGCGGGAACACGUGGCCUCGUCGGUUAUGCGGAGACCGGACAUCUCCUGGACGCCAUACGCGUCGCGACGAUCGUCAGCCGCGACCUUUCGGCGAUUAAGCGGCAUGCGUCAAUGGUCAAUGCGUUUGAUCGAUCGCCUCAUGUAUCCCCCCUCCCUCGUGCUUCACCGUCACCAUUACCUUACCCCUUCCCCGAAUGAUGCGUACCGACGAGAGUAAAAGGGUCAAGUCGAAAAGGAGGGCGUUAUCGAUCGAUCUGUCGCUCUGCGGGAAGUGUAUCUAGUCCGUGUGAACAAACCUAUAUUAAACAUUACAGAGUUUAUUAUAAUUAUUAUUAUUAAUUUUAUUUUUACUAUUAAUAUUAUUAAUAUUAUUAUCACGUUUAUUAUUAUUGACUACGAUUAAUAUUAUUGUCAUUGUCUAAUAGUACGACUUAGAUAUCGACGUGAAUCGGGUGCAACAGAGUCGUAAAAUCAUCCGGCAUCCGUGGACAUUGGAAUCUCAUAACCAUGGAGGAUCUUCCUCCCCGUUACCCUUUUAUUUAACAGUCCGUCUAUUCCGUUCUUCUACCGGUUUGUGAUUACCGUACUGAUGCCACCGUAGCACGAUCGUCGCUCUCGCGGAUCUCGCGUGACUAUGUCACGAAACACGAGCGGCACGAUAUUUAUAUGUAACGCUAAUGAAUUACAUUUACGCGCGUAUCGUUUUCGACGGAGAACAUUGUUAGUGGUGCUACACGCGGAUGCUCGGUGUGGCGGGAAAGAAAGCGGAAAAUGAAUUCAAACGACGCUCGUUAAGGGGAGGAUUAGAUUUGAUCCUAGUGAUGAAUUAAAAUCCACACGGUAAUUGCUGGGGUUUUAUAAAAUAAAGAUAUUUAGUACAGGAGAUUUAGAUACCUAGUGAAAGCAGAAAAAUAAAAAGAAAAACUAUAGUCUCGAUUGAAGAAGUCUUGAAAGUAUAUUACAGGCUUAUAUUUAAGUCUGUCAUCUGUAAACUAGAAAAUAAGAGAUUCAACAAAUUCAGCCUAUACACUGAAAAAGAGAGAUGCAAGGAGUAAAAAGAAAAUAAGUUAUAAGAUACCAAAAAUAUCAUACAGUUAUAUCCAGAUGACAUUGUGUUCUAAUUAGUCUUCAGAAUUCCAGCGAGCGUCGUUCCGCGAUUUUCUUCUCGUCACAAGCUCGUUUCCUCUUCGUACAUCGCAGCGUUAAAUUGAAAGCAAGUCGCGCGCUUGCCGGCUGAGCGCGUUCCUCCAUCCUCUUCGUUCAUCGUCGUUCUCAUCCGAGAAAAAAAAACAGCAAAGUCGUUGCUGAAUUCAUCUUAUCGAACAAAAUAUCAUGAGAUCAUAACUGACGGAUGUUACACGCGUCUCCACGAAGCGAGAUGAACCGUUGAAUGAUAAUUAUCCAUGACAAAACACGCUUUUCUCCUUCGUCGAUCGACGAAGCUUCUGAAGACUCGAUCAGGAUGGAGUUUCUUGGAUUAACUUUGUCUGCUUCGAAGAUCGAAUGCGGGUCAUUCGGCUGAGGUAACGCUGAGUCUAAGGGAUGCAUGUGCACACGUUUCGCUUUCCACCCUCCCUUUUUGUAUGUACGUCACUGCGAGCGGUACAGGGGUUGAAGGUCGAAACACAAAUUUAUUUUUUCUAUCUUGAAUAAAUUUAAGUAUCGUUAUUUAAUCGUGUCACUUUCUGGUACAAAUAUCAGACGGAAUGAUUUUUCAAAAUUUCUUUGUACAAAUUUUGAAUUGAAAUUUGAAGCGAAGAUUGAUAGUUGAAUUUUAUAAUAAUACUUGAAGUAUCGACCUUUAAAUCUCAAUGGUUGCCUCCUCGAAGCUGACGUUUCUUGUCCCUGAAAUAGCCCAAGAUCGUUGGUAUGUACCUAACACGUAUCAGGUGUACGAAACCCACGCGUUACUGUAUGUACCGAGCCAGACGUUUAUAGUGUAAUACAAUUUAUUUAUUAUAUACAUAUAUACAUAUAUAUAUAUAUAUAUAACCUGUUGAGAGACGAUCCUUUUCUAAAUCGUCACUGCCCGACGAUCGUCGACCCUAUUUUACUUCUCUCUCAUUCUCACGUUCUUCUUUCACCUUAGUGAAAAAGUUCAUCGUCGGGACGAAUUGUUUGCUUCCUCGACAAAGACUGAGCAAAUUGUACAAUAAUCACCGAGAUCACUAAAUCAGACCAAAAAGAUAAACGAAUGGUAAUUCGAGCGACGCUUGUAACUUCCCUUUCAGUCGCAUCGUUUACGAACGAGAAACGCGUUCUACUGAUUCAACGAAGUCUCGUUCGUUGUUCGUUUCGUGUAUCAACGAAAGAAACAAAGAAGUGUAAAACGGGCAUUAAAUGGAUUUCCGUUCGAUGGAAAUGUUAUAGGAAGAGAGCAGAAACCAUGACACGCGAACAUCCCUAUUUUAGCUGAUAAAAGCUGCGCGAUACCGUUAGUGGUGUGCUUCGUUGUCGGGCAUUAACCCCUUAAGAAUUCACUCAAUUUUCAAAGAAAACUCAUCCAUUAAAGGUUACUCAAUUUCGGCUAUAGUUCUGGAUAAACGGACCCGUGUAAUAAUGCGAGAAUGGUACAAAAAGGGGACGUCAUAUUUUCCUGGAACGUAAUAUUACGGGGUGAAAUUUGAUGCUGGUACGAGACUAAUGGAGGUGGUCCUUAAGGGGUUAAGGGUCACCGGUGAAUUCAUAAGCUUGACCAAUAAAAUAACAUUCUAUCCUUGAAACGUUCUAAGGUUACACUUUCUAUACGCGAUUAGAAGUACCAUAUUUUUUUUUUUAAUUUUUUAAUGUACCGCCUGCAAAUUGUAAGUAAUCUAGCAAAUUGUUGCAUCAGUAUCGAGUUGUUCUUGACAAAUUUCCUGUAUGCGAAGGACUCGUGUCCAGAUGCCGAUAUUAUCUAUGGUAAAUAAGAGAUAUUUUCGUGUUGUAAAAUGAAUCCACUUAGCGACAUCCAUGUGUUAUAAAAAAAAAGAAGAAUGAAAACGAAGGGAUCGUCGCCAUUACGAAAUUUUCAAACUGAUAUUCUGGUUUACUAGUCCCGUUAAAGUUGUCCUGGACAAUGCUAUCGUAUAGAGUACAAUGUGCCCCAUGGUGAAUUUUUGUAAGUCGAAAAAUACCCAUUUUUUCCACCGAUAUGCCGUACUAACGGAUGUCGUCAAACGCUCGUGUCCUCGGGUCUCAAGUGAGAACGGUUAAAAAUGAAAACAGAAUAAUUAACAUGGAAAAAGAGUAUAUACAUAAACAUAUACGUAUAUAUACAUAUAAGACAAGUGUCCGCUUUAGAUUUCAUAAAUGUCGGCCCAACUUACUGCCAGCUGAAUGUAACAAGACAAGAGAAACAACAAACAAUAAGAUCCAUUUUGUGUGCACCUGACGACGAUCGAGGUGUGUCGUCGUGACGUGCGCAUAAUUAUUCAUGCAAUAAACUGUGUGCCCGAAACGAAUAAAUGAAAAUGAACGAAUCGGCGAGAUA